AUGGGGGGCUUCACUCGCAUCUUGCAUUCCGGGCGGCCUGACGACCUCAUGGACGAAAUACCCACGUACGUCGCGAAACCGCUCCCAAACGAGGCGGAAAACAGAGGAUAUGUAGUGUUGAAUCGGCCGUACGCCUUUCUUCAGUGGGCUCGGGACACAAACAUAGCAGAGAAGUAUGUGCUGAUGUCGGAGCCCGACCACCUGUUCCUCCGGCCGUUGCCCAAUCUCAUGAAAGGAGAACACCCAGCCGCCUUCCCUUUCUUCUAUAUCGACCCGGCGAAGAAAGAGUUCGCGAACAUCACCAGAAAAUUUACGGGGCAGCUGCCGCAAAAGGAUCUGGAGGACAUAUUUCCCAUGGGGAAUGCUCCUACCAUGAUGACAUUCCUGGACUUGAAAUCUGUGACGAACAAGUGGCUGAACGUCUCCCUGGCCAUAUUCAAGGAUGAUGAAGCGCAGAAGGAAUGGGGCUGGGUUCAGGAAAUGUAUGGCUUCACGAUCGCAUCCUACCUGGUGGGCAUACGGAACGUGAGCGCACACCUUAAUCUCAUGGCCCAGCCCCCGUGGGACACGCAGCUGAGCCUCACCCGCAGCCGCCCAUACUAUAUCUUGCACUACACGUACGGGAUGGACUACACCUUGGAGGGCGUGUUCACGCCCGGGGUGGUGGGCAAGUGGCGGUUUGACAAGCGCUCCUACGCCGCGAGGCCGCCGGCGCGCCACCUGGGAGAGCCCCCUCCGGGCAUGAGCAACCGCCUGGUUCGCCUUAUGAUCGACAUGUUCAACACA